AUUCUCCUCAAAUUAUUUUCAAUCUCAAGCUAAAUCAAUAUAACAAAGACCCAACAGCUUGUAAUUAAAAUAAAAUAAAAUAAACUAUUAUUCCAAUGAUUGAUCAAGGUUCCAACAAUACUUUUAUUUCUUGCAAUGAAAACGAAAAACACAAGAACCAAUUAUUAAUGGUUCAAUAUCGUCAAUUUUUGAAAAUCAUUAAUUUAUUAAAAGUCUCCAAUAUUAUCAAACAAAAUGCAUUUCAGUUUAGAGAUACACAUGAAAUCACAAAUUAUAAAAUUAAACAAAAUAUAACUAAAAUCAUUAACAUUAUCUCUAUCUUACGAAAAAAAAGACAAAAAUUAAACAAUUCUCAGAAUUUUGAUAUUCCUGAUGAGAUUAUCAACAGCCUAUGUUUAAGGCAAAAACUAAAUCUAAAUUCUCAAAAUAUCCUCCAAGAUAAAAAUAUUUUUAAUAUCAAUACAAACAUAAUUUCUAAAAGGGUCUUUAAUAGAAUUCAAAGGAUUUGCUUUAAAAUUAAAGAAAACUAUUUCAAAAAUCAUCAAAAUCAUAAUAAUAAUUCACACAAAGAAUUGCAUGUUACAUGCAAUAACACUCCUUUUAACUCUGCUGAUUAUAUUGAUGGUUUUACUCAAAACGAUUCCCAAGACUUAACUAAAGAAGCAUUACAAGAAAAAACCGAAAAUUCCACUAAAAGAAGAAAUAUUCAAACUAAAAAUAAAAAUAAAAAUAAAAAUAACAAAAAAAUUACAAAACAACCCAAAUUGAAUUAUCGAUUCAGAUAUAAAUUAAUCAAAAGUCAAAGGAAACAAACUGGCAAAAUCAAUAAUAACAAGCUCUUUAUCAAAAAGGCCUUCCAUGCUUUUCAAAAAGACAAACCAUCAAAUUUUAAAAAACUGGACUUUUUUCCUAGAGUAAUCGAAAUCAUGCUAACACUUUCAAAUAAUGAACAGUUUCUGGAUGACGAAAUAAUUAAUUUGGUCUUAACUGAUGUACUCCCCAAUUAGUAGAUAUAUUUUUUUCUUUUCUCAACCACCAUAGUUGUCUCAGAUAAAAUUUUGUAGCAGAAAUAUAUUGAAUUUACAUUUCAGAAACAAUUCUUUAAUCACAGCGUAGCAUCAAUAAAACUUGCAACUUGUUUGCUAAACUAGAUACUUAGGAG